AGCUUUACAUCACCUUAUAAAGCUCAAACAAUAGAUCAGAUUCCUACUCCCAUCCUCAAAGGAAUUAUUGUGCUCGGUCCUAUUAUUCGCCUUGCUGUUCAAUUUUUGCAGAUUCUAUUAUGGAAAACAUCCAAUCCCCGCCAAUCCUUUCUAGUUGUGCUUGUCUAUAUCUGCCUUUGUUUAUGGGCUCAACAAGUCAUCAUGUUUGGCCUGCCCUGCAUCGUUAUCUAUAAGUUAGGCAGAGAUUGGAUUUGCUUGAGAACGAACCAAAGACGACGAGAAACACUGGAGAAAAAGCGGCAGCAGGAAAGGAUGAAGCGAUAUCAAAUGUUGAACGAAGAAAUGGACGACGAAAACGAUGAUCGCUUACAACAGUUGAGAAAGCAGCAACAAAAGGAAGAGGAGGAAGAAAUGUACAUCUCGAGGAAAAUCUAUCCUGUAGGCCAAAUCACGCUGGACGAUACAAUACAGGAUAUAAAUACCAUGAAUGAGUGUAUAGAUGAAGUAAAGCAGCAUUUAUUACAGCAGUCGUGGCUCACUCGUUAUUUGGAAGGUACACAUACAGAAAUGAUGAUAUCCAUAUUGACUGUGUGGAUGUAUGUUACACCUAUCUGGGUCGUGCUGUGCUGGCUAUGGGGUACUCGAGUGAUGAUGGCGGCUGCUGGCAGUUUGAUUCUAGUAAGUCCAGCGCCUUGGUUUCAACUGAUCGUGGUGGUAUUGAAAAGAAAUACUGUGUUGAGGCAUAUUUUAGCCGCUUUGUAUGCGUAUGGUAUUGCGUGCAUUUUGACGGCCUGUCAAUAUCUUCGGAUCUCCCCUUUUUCGACGGCUUACAGAAAACAGCAAAAGAAGCUUAAUAGAAAUGUGAAGAGUAACAGCAGUACUAAUAACAGUAGCAGCAGAAGAAACGAAAUGGUAUUUCACUUUGAAAUAUUCGAAAAUCAGCGCUGGUGGUUAGGAGUCAAUUGGACAACCAAUAUGAUGCCCAGCGAAAGAGAACCUUGGACGGAUAACGAAUUAAAACCUAUUCCUGCCAAAGAAAAGUUCAAAUUACCUGAAUCUACAGUUAAGAGUAUGAAAUAUGUUGAUGUUGUGACAAAGAAAGAAAUUGAAAAGACGGUGAACAAAGUUUGGCAGUGGGUUGAUGGUGAUUGGUGGGUGGAUAUGACAGGCGAGUUGGAUAACAAAGUAGAUCAAAAUGGCUGGGAAUAUGGAAAUAAUGCUUGGAAACAAAUGUCGGGAACACCUGGUUUACAAACAUUCACAAGAAGGAGGAAAUGGUGCAGGAGAGCAAAAUUG